GUCUCCCGCCGCAGGAAGAUGAGGCAGCGGCGGCGGCCGCGGGCGUAGCGGGCCGGACCGAGCCCAACGACGCGGCCGGCGGGCACCGCGGGCUCCUCGCACGCCGCCUCCGCCAGCGCCCCGGCCGCGUAGGGCCCGCGGGGCGGACACGCGGGGAGCCGGGCCACGCGCCGCCGCCCACGCGCGCCCUUCGGGGCCGCGACGCCCCUUUGUCCGGGGGGGCCGUUCAUGCCGCCGCCCCCCGCGCGCUGCGGGCCGGGCCACGCCGAGCAGGGCUGUCUCUAGGCCUGAGGAGCCCACCCCGGCCCCUGGCCCCCCGUUGCUGCUGGAGAAUGAACCAGCCACAGAGGAUGGCGCCCGUGGGCACGGACAAGGAGCUCAGUGACCUCCUGGACUUCAGCAUGAUGUUCCCCCUGCCGGUGGCCAAUGGGAAGAGCCGGCCCACCUCCCUGGCCGGGGCCCAGUUUGGAAGCUCAGGUCUCGAGGACCGGCCCAGUUCGGGCUCGUGGGGCGCCGGCGAGCAGAACAGUUCCUCCUUCGACCCCAGCCGGACCUACAGUGAUGGCGCCCACUUCAGUGAGUCCCACAGCACCCUCACUUCAUCCACAUUCCUGGGACCUGGGCUCGGAGGCAAGGGCAGCGAGCGGGGCGCAUACACCCCCUUUGGGAGAGACGCGGGGGUCGGCAGCCUGACUCAGGCCAGCUUCCUGCCCAGCGAGCUGGCCCUCAGCAGCCCAGGGCCGCUGUCCCCCUCAGGCGUCAAAGGCGGGCCCCACUAUUACUCCUACUCUGGUCACCCUCGGCGGAGAGCGGCGGAUGGCAGCCUGGACACGCAGCCCAAGAAAGUCCGGAAGGUGCCUCCGGGUCUCCCGUCCUCGGUGUACCCACCCAGCUCAGGUGAUGACUACAGCAGGGACACUGCUGCCUACCCACCCACCAAGACCUCCAGCGGCACCUACCCUGCUUCCUUCUACGUGGCAGACGGCAGCCUGCACCCCUCGGCCGAGCUCUGGAGCUCCCCAGGCCAGGUGGGCUUCGGGCCCAUGCUGGGUGGGGGCUCAUCCCCCCUGCCCCUCCCGGCAGGUGGCGGCAGCUCCGUGGGCGGCAGUGGCAGCGGUGGGUUUGGCGGCCUGCACCAGCACGAGCGCAUGGGCUACCAGCUGCACGGAGCAGAGGUGAACGGCGGGCUCCCGGCUGUGUCCACCUUUUCCUCGGCCCCCACGGGCGCCUACAGCAGUGUCUCCAGUCACACACCCCCCGUCAGCGGGGCCGACAGCCUCCUGGGCUCCCGUGGAACCACGGCCGGCAGCUCUGGGGACGCCCUUGGGAAGGCGCUGGCCUCGAUCUACUCCCCAGACCAGUCAAGCAAUAACUUCUCAUCCAGCCCCUCCACCCCCGUGGGCUCCCCACAGGGCCUGGCAGGGACAUCACAGUGGCCUCGAGCAGGAGCCCCCGGUGCCUUAUCGCCCAGCUACGAUGGGGGUCUCCACGGCCUGGCAGCUAGGCUGUUGGCAGCUGUAUGGGGUCCCGGCAGCCCAGGCCCCUCACCCCUGUCCACCCCACAGCAGAGCAAGAUGGAGGACCACCUGGACGAGGCCAUCCACGUCCUCCGCAGCCAUGCUGUGGGCACAGCGGGGGACGUGCACGGACUGCUGCCCGGCCACGGGGCGCUGGCCUCGGGCUUUGCUGGCGCUGUCAUGCCACUGGGCGGGCGGCACGCUGGCCUGGUGGGCAGCAGCCACUCGGAGGACGGCCUCUCCAGCAGCGGCGGCCUCGUGCACAACCACGUGGCCCUCCCCGACCUCUCCCGGCCGCCUGACUCCUACAGCGAUCUCGGGCGCGGCGCUGCCCCGGGGCCCGGCGACAUCAAGCGGGAGGAGCAGGAGGACGGAGAGAACGUGGCGGCCGACACCGCCGAGGACGAGAAGAAGGACCUCAAGGCCCCACGCGCCCGGACCAGCCCGGACGAGGACGAGGACGACCUUCUCCCCCCAGAGCAGAAGGCUGAGCGGGAGAAGGAGCGCCGGGUGGCCAAUAACGCGCGGGAGCGGCUGCGGGUCCGAGACAUCAAUGAGGCUUUUAAGGAGCUGGGGCGCAUGUGCCAGCUGCACCUCAACAGUGAGAAGCCCCAGACCAAACUGCUCAUCCUGCACCAGGCCGUGUCGGUCAUCCUGAACCUGGAGCAGCAGGUGCGAGAGCGUAACCUGAACCCCAAAGCGGCCUGCUUGAAGCGCCGAGAAGAGGAGAAGGUGUCCGGCGUGGUCGGAGACGCCCAGAUGGUGCUGUCGGCCGCCCACCCCGGCCUGGGCGAGGCCCACAACCCUGCCGGGCACAUGUGACAGGAACGCCGCCCAGACGAAUGACCCCACCUUGAUCUAACCUGGGACAGUCACGCCAGGCGCCUGGUCCCCACCCCACGCAGCCCGUGGUCAGCCUUGAGCCAACACCGCCCUGGGGGCUCCGAAGGCAACACCACCGCCAGGUCUCUGGCCUGAUCCUGAAACUGUGUCUCGGCCCUGCUGCCCAGGCCUGGGUGGCAAGGAGCAUUGUUUUUGUUUUUGGUAUAUACACGUUGUCAGACGAGAAAAUGAAUGCCUUAAGUAUAAAACGUGAAGACUCAAACAUACCGUUCACAGAAGGGAAAUGCUGUGCGGAGCCAGCUUGGUCGGCAGCCACCAACCAGCAACUUGUGCCUACGCCUGAGAGUUUUUUUUUUUUUUUUUUUUAAGGAAAAUAAAAGGAACCUUAGUUAUGAGAGGUUUUUUUUUUUUUUUAAUUAGAAGAAAGUUAGUAAGAAUGAUGCCUUUUUUUUUUUUAGCUUUUUUUGCAUAUGUUUUCUAAGCAACAAAUUUUUUUGUAUAAAAGUCUCGUGUCUUGCUAUUUUUGCUGCUGUUUCUAGAAAUGAGCAUUGCAUUUCAUGAUCAACAAGGUUAUUGAAAGUUGUAUUAAAAAGACCCCAGGACUUCCCUGGUGGUCCAGUGGUUAAGACUCUGCGCUCCCAAUGCAGGGGGCAUGGGUUCAAUCCCUAGUCGGGGAGCUAAGAUCCCGUGUGCCACGUGGCGUGGCCAAAAAACUUGUAAAAGACCCCGUGUAAACUUGAGGUUCCCCACCCCCUGCCCCGGGAGCCACUGGACCAGGGGUGGCAGGUGCCGUCCAGUUUGGGUUCUAGCGUGGGGGGCUUGCUCUUGUGGUUUUGCUUCCUGUGAAGUAAUGAGUGGGCCCUUGCUUGGUGGGGGCCUCCCCUGCCCGAUCUCCCCUCAGGAAGGGGGACACCCUGCUGGGGCACCUCCAAGGAGGCAGGGACGCUCCCCUGUCACACAGCCGAAGUUCCUCCCCACAAACAGCUCUGGUCCCCCAGGCCCCUGCCUGCGGCCUGCCAGCCCCACAUCCCUCCAAGUCCUGGGACCUCUCUCAGAUGGGACUUUGUGAGGACCAGCAUUCCUGGGCCCGGGGCCUGCGUUGCUGAGUAUGGUACUGGGGGGCCUCCCUAAACACCCCAUCCUUCAUUCUCUGAACUCUGGCACAGAAACCCCCUGCUCCCCAAGUGGCCGUCCCGGUGUGGACUGGGGAAGUUACAGGAUCCCCCUGCCCAGAAAGGCCCCUAGGCUGUGUGUCUGUCAGGGUUGACGCCCCACUGCAAACCAGGAGGGUGAGCCGCCCUCAGGCCCUGGGCGCCAACUCCCAGGCCUCCCCGAGUAGCCCUCUCUCCCGUGUGUUCAGGGGAACCCACUUGGCUUGGGCUGUCCCAGGUUUAAACAAAGUCCAGGGCAGUUGGUCACCUUACGUGUCACCUGGGCGUGGGGGUCAGGCCUGCUGGGGUCUCACCUGCCCUCCCUUUACCCCUUGCAGAGAGGCCUUACGUACCCCCAGGCUGGCUGCGCACACCCCACCCUACCAGCAUCCCAGGUGUCUCCCCCAGAACCCCACCCUCACUCCCCGAGUACGGGGGUGGCCUGACUCUUCAAGACUGGAACUCCCCAUGGCUGGGGGCCGGGUGCCCCACGGGAAGCUUGAGGGAACCCCAAGGCCAGCACGAGCAGGACAUCCCAGCUUGGGGCCGGGGCUACUUCCAGGUCCCUGGGAUCCCCUGGGGUCUGCCCCUGAGACCGAUCAGGGGACUCUCCUUGGUGACUCCCCUGGUCUGUGGGUCUUGUCUCUCUUUGGGGAACCUGCCUCAGUUUCCCUCUGCCUUGGGCCUAACCCACAGACCCAGAUGGGCAGGGGCGGAGGAGCCUCUGCGGCCCCCCGAGGCCCACAAACUUUUGAACUGUGUAUUACAUAUAUAAUUUAAGUUUUAUAUAUUUUAUAUAUAUAUAAUGAGAUUAACCCAGCACGGGAAAAAGUAGCCUUGGGGGAGGGGAAGAACCACAAUUACGGGGAAAAUUGUGCUCUGAGUGCCUCAGGAUAACUGAUUUUUUUAAAAACAACAACAAAAAGUUUUUUAAGUAGAAUAAUUUUAUAUAAGUGUCAACACAGCUGGCUGAAUUCUUUGGGAUUUUUAAUAACGAUCCUCUUUAAAGUCGAUUUGGAGACCUGUACAUAACAGCACUGUAGCAAUAAAUGUGACAUUUUAUGACAAUA